AUGGCUUGGUUUUGGUGUCUGUGUGUGUUCAUGGCGGUGAGCCUCACUUUGUUAGCACUGCAGUUCAAGUUCAGGAUGUCUGCACACGGUUGUAGGGAGCCGCCACACCUCCCUGCACUACCACUGAUUGGCAGCCUGCUGAGCCUGCAGAGUGAAUUACAACCGCAUGUGCUUUUCAAAGAACUGCAGGUAAAAUACGGACAAACAUACUCGCUGAUGAUGGGCUCCCACAGUGUGAUUGUCAUCAACCAGCAUGUGCACGCCAAAGAAGUCUUGCUGAAGAAGGGAAAGAUGUUUGCAGGAAGACCUAGAACUGUAACUACAGAUAUUCUGACAAGAGAUGGGAAGGACAUUGCAUUUGGAGACUACAGUGCUACGUGGAAGUUCCACAGGAAGAUAGUCCAUGCAGCCCUGUGCAUGUUUGGAGAAGGGUCUGCCUCUAUUGAGAAGACCAUUUGUGCAGAGGCCCAGUCUCUGUGCUCCAUGCUGUCAGAGGCAGCAGGCGUGGGGCUGGCCAUGGAUCUUGCUCCUGAGCUGACUCGCGCCGUCACCAACGUUAUCUGUUCUCUGUGCUUCAACUCGUCCUACUGCCGAGGCGACUCAGAGUUUGAGACAAUGCUGCAGUACAGCCAGGGCAUUGUGGACACUGUGGCUAAAGACAGCCUGGUGGACAUUUUCCCCUGGCUGCAGAUCUUUCCUAAUGCAGACCUACGUCUCCUAAAACACUGUGUUUCCAUCAGAGACAAACUUCUACAGAAGAAAUUUGAUGAACACAAGGUGAAUUACAACGAUCACGUGCAGAGAGACUUGAUAGACGCUCUGCUAAGAGCCCAGCGCAGUGCGGAGAACAACAACACAUCAGAGAUAAGUGCAGAGUCCGUGGGCCUGAGUGACGACCACAUUCUCAUGACAGUGGGAGACAUCUUUGGCGCUGGCGUGGAAACCACUACCACCGUGCUCAAAUGGGCCAUAACGUACCUCAUUCAUCACCCAGAGGUGCAAAGACGUAUCCAGGAUGAGCUGGACAGGACGGUGGGUGACAGCCGCUCUCCUAAACUCACCGACAGAGGCAGGCUGCCCUAUCUGGAGGCCACCAUUAGGGAAUUAGUACGGAUUCGCCCCGUGGCACCUCUGCUCAUCCCCCACGUGGCUCUCUGUGACACCAGCAUUGGAGAUUUCACAGUGAGGAAGGGAACUCGAGUCAUUAUCAACCUGUGGGCUCUGCACCAUGAUGAGAAGGAGUGGAAGAACCCAGAGCGCUUUGACCCUGGCCGGUUCUUGAAUAGUGAAGGCACAGGACUGACGAUCCCAUCACCCAGCUACCUGCCCUUUGGUGCUGGGCUGAGAGUAUGUCUCGGUGAGGCCUUGGCCAAGAUGGAGCUCUUUCUCUUCCUGUCCUGGAUCCUGCAGCGCUUCACUCUGUCUGUCCCACCAGGCCAUGGUCUGCCCAGUCUGGAAGGAAAGUUUGGAGUGGUCCUGCAGCCAGCCAAGUACAAGGUGAAUGCCACAAUCAGACCAGACUGGGCAAGACAUAAGUGCCAGGCAGAAUAG